UAAAAAACCUUUUUUCUGUUUGGAUUCUGCGCGCGCAUGUCUAGUUCACUCGCAUAAAUUUUCGAAGUUAUUCUGUGAAGUGAAUAAUGGCUUCGAUUACAGUUUCGAAGCCCGCCGAAGUAAACGGCGACUGUCCGCGCUUAAAUAAAAAUUAUAAAAUGGAAAAUAACAAAGUGACUGUAGUCCUGGGUGCUCAGUGGGGUGAUGAAGGAAAAGGAAAAGUGGUGGACCUCCUCGCCAUAAACUCUGACAUCGUGUGCCGCUGUCAGGGCGGUAACAACGCUGGUCACACUGUCGUGGUGGACGGCAAGGAGUUCGACUUCCAUCUGCUGCCCAGCGGCAUCAUCAACUCAAAAUGCACAUCUGUGAUAGGCAAUGGAGUGGUGAUACAUCUCCCGGGGCUGUUCGAGGAGUUGAAAAAAAACGAGCUGAAGGGAAUGGAGGGUUGGCAGCAGAGGCUCAUCAUAUCCGACCGGGCGCAUCUUGUCUUCGAUAUACAUCAGCAGGUCGACGGUCUUCAAGAAGCCGAAAAGGGAAAGAACUCCUUGGGAACAACAAAGAAAGGCAUUGGUCCGACAUACUCCUCAAAAGCCACGAGAAACGGCAUUAGAAUUGGCGAUCUACUCGGCGACUUCAAUAUAUUUGAGGAAAAAUUCAGAACCUUAGCAGCGAACUACGAACGCAUGUUCCCAUCCCUCGAGGUUGAGAUCGACAGCGAGCUGGUGAGGUAUCGCGAAUACGCUGACAAGAUACGCCCUUUAGUGCGCGACACUGUUGCGUAUCUGCACACGGAGAUUGAGGACGGGAAGAAAGUAUUAGUCGAGGGAGCCAAUGCCGCCAUGCUGGAUAUUGACUUCGGUACAUACCCUUACGUGACGUCGUCCAACUGCAGUAUCGGCGGUGUAUGCACGGGUCUCGGCCUACCCCCCAAACUGAUAGGGGAGGUUCUGGGAGUCGUUAAAGCAUACACCACGAGAGUCGGCGAUGGACCCUUCCCUACAGAGUUACAUGAUGAAACUGGUCGAUUACUCCAAGACCGCGGCCACGAGGUGGGGGUUACCACGAAGCGCGUGCGACGCUGCGGAUGGCUCGAUCUAGUCGUCGUGCGCUAUACUGCAAUGGUCAACGGAUAUACAUCGUUAUGUCUAACGAAGCUGGACAUUUUGGACACGUUGAAAGAAAUCAAAGUCGGCGUGGCGUACAAAUCGAACGGAAAGAAAAUUAACUACUUCCCCUCGUCGAUGCCGGAACUUAGCAAUGUUGAGGUGGAGUACAUAACACUACCGGGCUGGGCCUGCAGUACGGAGCACGUGCGCGAGAUGGGCAACCUGCCAGCCGCCGCGCGGGACUACGUCAAACUCAUCGAGGACUUCCUGCAAGUGCCGGUGAAAUACAUCGGCGUGGGUCAAGGUCGCGAAUCCAUCAUCAGUGCGAAUUAACGCCCGACGUUCGAAGUUGUUAGUGAAAUGUAUGUUAUAUUCUAAUUGUACGCUAAAUAUAUGUAGGGACGGCUAAUACUAUGGGGCCUCGACUAUAUCUGAAGCACGUAAGCUACACUCCCUGUAAUAUAAAUAUAGCAACUUCUAGAAGUGGCUUAGCAUUCAAACUCCAGUGUCACGUUAAAUACUGUUAUAUUAUGUCAUUUUAUAUUGUACUUUUGAUAGUAUUUAAUUAACGGAGACAAUUUGCUUCGUUGCUAUCAAAAUAACUGUUCAGAAUUAUGUCAGGUCACCUUUAGCGCAGUUUAAGUAUACUUCAGAAAUAGUCGAUACAUCCCCAUGUUUUAUACAAUCGUCAAUUUCCCGACUAAAGGGAUAAUAUGCAAAUAGUUAUUAAGGGUUGUUAAAGUUGAUCGCACAUUUAACAGCACCGGCCGUAUUUUUCAUUACUUUAUAAGUGAAUCAAAUUCAUCUUUACUGUCUUCGAGAGAGAGAGAGAGAUUCAUUGUUUAUGCGAUGACGGUUUGACAAAGAUGUAAAUCCUGGAAGCUUGGCAAAACUUUGAUUCUGGUUUGCGUUGUUGUCGAACGAUGCCGCAUCGAAUAUGCCCAUCCGCAUAUCAUCGUUUAGUAGCGCAAUUAAGAUUACCAAAACUUUCAAUACACACAAAUAACUUACGUACUAACUUUGAAGUUGAAUCAUGGCGGUUUAUGCUGGUACAGACCGUAAAUAUCUGGAAUGCCUUCCAGCUUCCAUUUUCCCCGGUACCUACAAUAUGAGUACCUUCAAAUCAAGAGUGAAUAGGCAUCUUCUAGGCAAGCGCGCUCGGCCUUAGGCUGCAUCAUCAAUUACCAUCAGGUGUGAUUGCAGUUAAGCGAUUUAUAUGCAUAAAAAAAAAGCCCGCGGCCCCGCUGAGACCACUGUUGUUUAUUGUCACUGUUGAUCAUCGUGUUGUAUAUUGCAUCGCACUAUUUAUUUACAAUUUAUUCGAAACUCGAAAGCAACAAACGAAAGUAUACAAAUCUCGUCGUAUAUUCGUAUAUAUGUGCUGAUCAACUUUAUUUAUAUGUAAUAACAACAACGACCCGUAUAUGCACGCCGAUAUGCUAUAUGCUAGCAACAGUAUUUUUACCCGACUUCACCAGGAGGGUAAUUUUUUAACAUAAUACCUAUGAGUAUGUAUAGAGACAAUGUUGUUGCAUUGUAUUAUUUUAUACACCUAAAACAUUGUAGGCAAUACAAUUUAUAAGGCGUCACCUCCACGCGCGAACUUACCGCGAUAUUUUGUCGGGAUAACUCAAUUGUGGGAUUGAUAUAUAUAUACAACGUGUAACGGAAUAACGAAAUACUGUGGAAGGGUGCAUAAGUAUAUUUAAUAAGGAAUUACCCUGUAAAAUCAAAAGAAGCAUAUUUAUUUUCCAUACAAACUAAUUCAAAACAUUCUUACUGUAAACAGUAAUGACAACCAUAGGGUUGUCAUUACUGUUGUCAUUACUGACGAUAGAAGACCGACACGUGCAUAGUACGUAAUAAAGUUGCAGGAGUCACUUGAUUUUACUAUUGCAUGUGACGUUAGGGCUGAUUCUGAUUUCUUUCAGUAAAAACUAUGGCAAUGGUUUUCUCAAAAACUAUUAGCGUUUCGGUUUCACAGAUAAGUCUCAGAGACAAUAUUUAGUAUACGUACAUAUAAUGUAAGGCAUUAGAGGCCUCUGAAGUAUUAUUUCGGUUUUCAUUUACACGUUGAAUAUAAGAUUGCCACGUGAUUGAAAUAGAUGAGAGCCAUUCAAUCCGCUUUGGAGCAGCGUAAAUGGUUAAAACUCUAAUCCCUCUCUCCGAUAAGAGAAAAUCCCAGCUCUUGAGACAUUAAUAAGGUUGUGAUAAUAAUUUUAUUACCUCUCUCAUAAGAGAUUGGGAUCCAGCUCUGCACCAACACAGGUUGGGUCAUGUACUUACUACAAUUUUUGGUUAACAAUAUAAACCGACACAGAUCUAUCUAUCUUGUAAUAAGGCCCGCUUCAGCGGAUGCACUUCGACCCUCCAGGAUCUUUUGUGCUCAAAAACUAAUACAGAAUAAACUUUUGUUUUAUCGCUGAGUAAUUAAAGUUGUUAAGAGAGAUGCUAUUACCGCUUUAUAUUCGCUCGUGAAGGUGGCGCUUAUGGGCCUUGUCCAGUCUCCGCUGUUUAUAAAAAGUUUAACGCUAUAAAAACAUAAAUAUAUAUAUACAGCUUUUGAUAAUUUUUUGUGCAACUAUACAGUUAUCAUGUUAAUGUUCUAAUGGUAUUUAUUAUACAUAAAUGUUAUGAUAAUAAAAUAAAACUGGUGCAAUAUUUAAUCGACGUUAUCACUCAAAAAAUUUUGUAUUCUUCAAUUUGAACGAAAUUACUUUAACUGAAAUCAAAAACAAUUCUUUCGUACAUUAACCCCCGUAUCUAAUAAAAAAAACUUAAGAUGGCAGAUUGAAUUUGGUAGUGCAAUCUUUUCCUACUCUACCCUGUAGAUGGUAGUCUGAAUGGUGUCCUUUAUGUAACUCGUUAUAAUUGUAAUCAAAAUAUUUAUUAUUUUUCCAAAUACAUUAAUCAAAAGAUAGUUUGUGUAAUAACUUAUAAGAAACUAAUAUCACAAAAUAUUAUUUGUCUGUUUGGUUGUUGUAGAAGAAGCAUAGCUUAGUAUAAGAAGAAGAGAAAACUGCCCGAAUAUAGAAAAUGUGUAAUUAAUAAAACGUGUUAUUUAAGGCCAUACCCAUGUUCUGCUAUACAUAAACUAAAUGCAAUCUGUCAUCUGGAGGUUUUUUUCUUAGAUUGAUUAAUAACAUAGGGCGUAAAGGUGCAGGGGUAAAAGAUUAUUACAUUUUUAAUACAUGGUAGUCAAAGAGAUUUCUAAAGUUGUAUUUUAACAUAUUUUUGACUAAAAAGUAAUGAAACAAACGUUGAUUUUCCAUUACAGAAUCCUUGUUUUAUCCCCGUAUGUUUCACAGAAAAAAAUUGUUUUAAUAUUGAAUUAUAUUUUAAUAAUUAUAAUAGUGACUGGCAUGGUCCCUGUUACAUAAGCCAAUUUCAGAUGCUGAAAUUGUAUUAAGUACUAGCAAACACGUAUAAAAAAUUUUAGCAUCGGCAGGUUGGACUGUGGUUAAAAUUUCAAAUGACUUUAGUUUGAAUACUGCUGAUUUUGCAGUUCUGAUAUUUAUUUAAAUAAAUAUUCACCAUUAUGUUUUGUGAAGUGCCUGUAAUAAAUUUUUAUUUUAUUUUUCAUACCCCCCAUUGUCUAGGAUAUGUAAAUUUAAUAGACACCUAAAAGUGUCCAUAGUUAAAUAAUUUUACAAUAUUAUAAAAACAUAAUAAAUAUAAUUAAAAUCUUUAUCAGCCCAUUAACGUUCCAUUGCUGAGCAACCGCUUCGUCUCUCAUAGGAGAGAUGUUUGUGUUGCAUAGAACCACCACGCUGCUUCAAUGUUAGUUGGUGGGCAUUAUUAACAUUUUAUGAUAAUUAAGUUUUGCCAACCUACAUUUGAACAUCAGGUAAGUUAGACAGCGGGCAAGUUACGAGAAUUCAAACAUUUCAUUAAUCCGUGAUUCUGUGUGAAAUUACAGUGGAAUGUAUUGAGGCGCCGAGUAACUGGAGCCGAAAUAAUUAAACUGCGCUCAUAACUCUUAAAGCAAUAGGGUCGAAAAUUCUUUGCACUUGUUACGAAUUUAGUUUUAUACCGAGCAAAUUAUGUUUCCGAGAAGAUAUUCUUCUCCAACAUAAAAUGAAGAAAUACAAUAUAUUAUAUUAAAUUUCGAUCUUUUCGGACGAUUUCAGUAGAUAUAUAAAUUUCAGAAUCGAUGUUUUGAUAUCGAUGCGAAGACUUUAAUGCCAUAAUGUUAGGACAAAAUUAGUUUAUAUACAGCACAUAUAUGGCACAAACAGACAACUCUAGAAAAUCAUCUUUGUGUUCACUUACCAAUAUUAUAUUUGUGUUUAACAAGUCACGUUCUUCACCAUUUGACGCCGUGCGUGUUCAGUCAAAUCCUCAAAUCUUAGUACAAUGUAUGCGCAGUAAAAAAUUAUGUAUAAACAAAUUUAAAUAAAUUUAGAAAAGGCGACCGAGAUCGUGCUAUCUCUUUCGCACAUACGGGUGUUCUACUGAGCAAGCUGGACUUCGCCCGCCUUUUAUGAAUCUAUUCUUUAUUGGCGCGGUUUAUACCAACACUCGAUGGAGCUCUAACGAUCUUCUCAAAAGUCCACUGUUUGCCCACGCAUCUCCAAUUUAAACAACACUGACUCCAUAAAGCUUAUUUAAAUGCUAUGCAACGCGAUAAUUCUGUUUGGCAUUAGAGGUGUCCAUGCGGGGAACAUUUAAGACAAUGUGGACUUUAAAACAAUAUGGAAUAAAUUCCAUUUUCUAUCGAAAUUAUAACCGACGUUCGAUUAGGACACAAUACACAUCUUAUCAUGUUCGUUGUGUCUGUUUCUGACCCUAGAAAAUACUGAGAUUUGAUAAGACUCAACAUGUGUUGCGCGCAUUGUAAAUGUGUUUCCGGCCUUAUUCAGCCUAUGCUGAAAUGUUAUUUAUAAAUUUAUGUUUAUUUCAUAAAAAACAAUGUAAACGAUAUUAAAACCGUUAUAUACAAUGCGUAUAUAUAUUUUAAUUGUAUAAUUUUAUUAAUCAAUGAUGAAUAUUUUAUUUUAAAAUAAAUCAUUUUUAUAUUUAAUAUCGAUAAAUGUUAUUUUUUAAUUACAUUAUUUUUUUUUUUAAUUCUUCAUAUCCGAUUGCGGAAGGUUAAGUUUUUCUUUGCUAUCUAUAUCUUGAUGUUACAAGUUAGGGAGCUCGCUCAAGGCACCUUUUUUCAUCGAUUUAGUAGGGGGGUUCUUCAAAAAAAAUUUUACUCUCGCGUACCGAAUUUCACCUUUUUUUGACAGUAAAGCUCAGAAAGUAAAAUUAAAAGAUUUUUGACAGUAUUAUGGAGCAUAGUCGUUAUUUGAAUUUAAACCGCACCGCACCGCGCGAAAGUGAAAUUGUAUUGUGUGUGCUAGCUCUUAAAGAACAAAUUAGGCGAUAAAAAUAAUAACCUCAAGUUACUUUAGCAAAGUAUUAGAUGGAUACGUUAUGACGUCAAAACAUAACCAAUGUGGCGAAUUUGUUCCGAACCUUUCGUGACGUAGUCUGCUAACAUACGAACUUAAUUAUGGUUUUAGGACAUUUUUUAUUUCUUAUUUUGAUUAAUAAUUUCGAAUUAAUUGUACUUAUUAAAACUUACUGUUGGCUGUACCAAAAUUCUUUGGCGUGUGUUUUAUGUGAUAUCUGUAAUUUUUAAUGUAAAUACUUUACGGUUAUUAUUAUGCCAAUAAAUAAUGUUUUAUUCUUUUA